AUGGGAGAUUUUAAUACAGUAUUGACUAGUCAGGAUCGACACCAUGGUACAAUAAUACAAGAUAUGGAAACAAAAGAUUUUAGGAAAUUCAUGAAUGAUACAAGAAUGAAUGAGUUACCUACUGUGGGAAGGGAUUACACAUGGAUAAAUAAUCAUACAUAUAGCAAAAUUGAUAGAGGAUUGGUAAACAUAGACUGGAUGAUAACAAUGCGCAGUAUGAGUAUACAAAUCCUAGAGCCAUCUUUCUCUAACAAUUCCCCACUUAAGCUGAUGAUUUCACAAAUGCAGAGGAAGAAAACCAGCCCAUUUAGAUUUUUCAAUUGCAUUGCUAAGCAUCCUCAAUUUAUACCAGAAGUAGAUCAAGCAUGGAACACAACUGGAGGAGAUUGGAAGCUACAGGGAGUCAAGAACAAACUAAAAAGAGUUAAGCAAGUUAUUAAGAGGCUCAACACUCAAUAUUACAAAGGUGUGGAGGACAGAAUCAGAGUAAUCAGAAGGGAACUGCAGGAAGUGUAUGAGAAAAUAAGCUGUAGAAUGUUGAAUGCAAAAUUAAUUGAGGAAGUAAAUGAACUAAACAGUAAAUUGGAGAAAUGGAUACUAAUAGAGGAAAGAAUUUAUAGGCAACGAUCAAGGGUACAGUGGCUGAAGUUGGGAGAUAAUAACUCUGCAUAUUUCUUUGCUCAUAUGAAUAAUAGGAACAUUUUGAACGGAAUAGAUGAUCUCACGAAUGAUCUAGGGGUGCAGUUACAUAUGGAGGAGGAAAUAGAGACAGAGAUACUUGGAUACUAUAAAUAA